CGCGAUCGAGUGACCAACCAUGGCUGAAAACACGGAAGCGAUCGAGGAACAAUACCUCUCAUCUGAGGAGGAUGAAGAAGAGGAGGAGGAUGAUGAAGAGGAGUCGGAGGAGGAUGAUGACGAGGAUGAGUCCGAUGGAGAUGGAGAGAGUACAUUCUCAGAGGAGUGUGAAGAACCAAAAUUAAAAUAUGAACGUAUUCGCAAUGAUUUAGAGAAGAUAUUAGAAAAACAUGCAGCAAGUUGUAUGGCAGUCCACUCAAAGUUUUUGGCAAUGGGAACGCAUUGGGGAACUGUGCAUGUUUUGGAUCACCAAGGAAACAACAUUAGUGAGAAGGAGGAAGCCGUUCAUACAACCACAGUGAACCAGAUCAGCUUGGAUCAAAAUGGAGAUUAUAUAGCCAGCUGCUCCGAUGAUGGACGGGUAGCAGUAACUGGACUUUAUGAAUCUGAACAUAAUGUUGUGCAGGUGUUCGAUUGCCCCAUUAAGGCUGUGGCUUUAGACCCUAAAUUUUCCAAGCCUGGCAGCAGCAGACGAUAUGUAACCGGGGGAGACAAGCUGUUGUUACAUGAAAAGGGUUUAUUUAACCGAAACAAAUCAACAGUAAUUCAUGACGGCGAAGGUCAGAUAAGAAAUAUACAGUGGAGGUCGUGCUUCAUUGCUUGGAGCAAUGAAUUGGGAGUAAAAGUUUACGAUGUGUUGCACAGACAACGGAUAACAUUCAUCCGUCGAGACCACGGUGAAGGUUUACGCUCGGAAAUUUAUACAUGCAGCAUCUGCUGGAAGGAUGACAAAACCCUUAUUAUUGGAUGGGCUGAUACUGUUAAGAUAUGUGUUGUUAAAGACCGCUUACCUUAUGAGGCUCAAGCAAAGAGAUUACCACUUCGCUUUGUCGAAAUAGUUUCAUUAUUCAAGACGGAUUUCUUUGUUUGUGGAGUGGCCCCACUUGAUAACCAGCUCGUGGUUUUAGCUUUUCUGAGACAAGACUCCAAUGAAUCGGAUUCUGAAUCUCAACGACCACAGCUAAAAAUUCUGGACCCCAAACCGGAUGACUAUGAAAUUGUUUCUAGUGAUGCACUGUCAAUACGAGGCUUUCAAAUGUAUGAAGCAAACAACUAUCACUUAGAGUACAUUGAAGAUGAAUGCAUCUUUCACAUUGUCAGUCCUAAAGAUGUUGUGGUUGGACGGCAGCGUGACAUGGAUGACCACAUCACAUGGUUUAUGGAAAAUGGAAAAUAUGAGGAAGCAUUGGAGAUGGCGAAAGAGAAUAGUAAAGAUUUAAAUCGUCACAAUGUAUUGGAUGUUGGAAAAGCAUACAUUCAUCAUCUCAUAGAGUUUGGUAAAUUUGAGGAGGCAGCAAGCAUGUGUCAGACAGUACUUGGUAAGAACAAGGAAUUGUGGGAAGAGUGGGUUUACGUGUUUGCAAAGCUUCAGCAACUCAAGGUGAUCAGUCCGUACGUACCUCUGCAGGAUCCACGAUUGAGCAAAGCUGUUUAUGAGAUGAUACUCAAUGAUUUCCUUAUUACGGACCUCAAGGGCUUCCAUAGAUUGAUCCGCAGUUGGCCACAGGAUCUCUAUGACCUGAUGACGAUCGUCAGUGCCGUGAAGGACCUAUUGCGGAAGUUUCCAGAUGACCCAAUCCUCAAUCAGACUCUCGGUGAUCUGUAUUCGUAUGAUAAGCGAUAUGAUAAAGCUCUUGCGAUUUACUUAAAACUUGGCCAUAAAGAUGUUUUUGCACUGAUUCAGAAACAUAACCUGUUGCAUUCCAUCCAGGACAAACUGGUGAUGUUGAUGGAGUUGGAUGGUGAUCGAACUCUGCAGAUGUUAGUGGACAACGUCAGUACAGUAACAAUGAAAGUAGUUGUGCAACAGUUUAAAGAUCACCCUAGGUUCCAAUAUCAGUACUUGGAUGCUUUGUUUCUGAAAAGUCCACAUGUUGGGCAAGAUUUCCAUGCGCUUCAGGUCAGCUUGUACGCCGAGUUCAACCGGCCCAAGUUACUACCAUUCCUUAGUAGUAGCAACUACUAUCCUCUGCAGAAAGCCUUAGAGGAAUGCGAACAGAGAGAGUUCAUUCCUGAAACUGUCUUCCUAUUGGGUCGUAUGGGUAACACAAAGAAAGCAUUGAAUCUAAUAAUGGUGGGGCUGAAGGAUGUAGGUCGUGCAAUUGAGUUUGCCAAGGAUCAGGACGAUGCUGAGCUGUGGAACGAUCUUAUAACACAUUCCAUGGAUAAACCAAGUUUUUUGACAGGGUUGCUGAAUAACAUAGGAACUCAUGUGGAUCCUAUUAUACUCAUCAAGAGGAUUAAAGAAGGGCUAGAAAUUCCCGGCCUACGUGAUUCGCUUGUGAAGAUUCUACAGGAUUUCAACCUCCAGAUGUCUUUACGAGAGGGAUGCAAGAAGAUCCUCGUCUCGGAUUGUUUUGCUUUGAUGGAUAGGCUUAAUAAAGUACAAAGACGAGCCACAAGGGUUGAUGAUUUUAAGCUGUGUGAUUGUUGCCAUGACUUGCUCGUUCAAUCUAAUUUCCAGGAAACAACAACGCCUAUAAUUGUAUUCUAUUGCCAUCAUGUGUUUCAUGAAGAUUGUCUUCCAUCUUACAACUUGGAGAGCUGUAUGAUAUGCCAUUCACAGCGUCGAAGGCCGGGGAGUGGAUUUGGAUUGGGAGCAAAAUAACAUUAUAUAUUUGUGGUGGGAGUGACUGAGGCAGUAGUUGUGCUUUAGGCUAUUAACCAUUCAGAUUAGGUUCAAAUACCAUGCUAAUCAUCCACUUGGGCAAAGCACUUUACCCCUCUCCAUCCAGGAGUGGAAAUGGGUACCUGGUGGAAUGUGAAUGAUACACAUUGAGUGUAUUUCAGUGAAAGCUGAUUAUUCAUGCAUGACUAGGUGUAUCCCCUAUGGAACACAUGAGAUUACACAUGUUAGUGUACAAAUGUUAGUGUUUCCAAUCACCAGUGUAGUAAUGCAAAGUGUUUUGGAGAUGUGAAAAGCUCUAUACCUAAACCUGGUUUCCUAAAAAAAAAAAUUGCCACAUGCUAUCGCUGUUUCCUUUGGCAACGCUGAUUGGUCAAUUGAAUGAGGGAGCAUUCCAUAUUUCGUCUGGGGCAGCUACGCCGUGCAAGGAUUGCAGUGAAAACACUGUAGUGAUUCUUUGGAAACCAGGCUGGAUGUAGACGUAAAGUCCUCAAGGUCAAUAUUCAAACUUCCUAAUCCUGGUAUUCUCUUGUGGUCAAACUUGAUCCUCUCAGAAUUUAUCCCAACCAGUGCUGAAAGUUAUGAUGAUGUACAGUAUAAAUUGAUGAUAUGAAUCCAGGUGUAGAGAUUUGGCAUGCCAGCAAAGUGCUUCAAGGAUAUAAGUAUACAUUAUAUUCAAUGAUUUAUAUAAAAUUACAGUUAAACUUGCCUAAGUCGAAUCCAAAAUGCCAUUAAAAAAUUGUUUGACUUAUAGAUUGUUAAUUAACACCAACAAUUUGGCAUGUAAAAUAAGUUCAAAUUAAAAAUUAGGCAAGUUUAACUGUAUAAAGCUUUACUGAAAUCCAUUGGUUGAAUAUAAAUAACAUUCCUGUUAAAUGUAAGGAGCAAAAUUUGAAUGUUUUUUGUAUGAGUAUAUGUUUAUGAUUACCUCGAUUAUAAGGCCAAGUAAAAAAAGGCUUUCUUUUGGCUCACACAUUUUCUGAUCAUAUUAUUGCAAAGUCUAAUCUUGAUUGGCCAAAGUACAUGAAUAUGAAAUUACCACUGUUAGAAUAAUUAGGCUAUUCCAACAACUAUAAAGCAUUUUAAUGCUAAAAAUAUGGAAGCAAACAAGAAAGAGAAAUUCAUUUUUUCUUUUACUUGUCCCCAAGUGUUGCAUUUUUAUUUUAUCUUUCCCCCAAGUAAGUGGAUUUUAUCAGCACAGAUUUAUACUCUCUCUAUGUAUAUAUAUAUAUAUCAAUAAAUAUAUAUGACAAAAUUUCAUGAGCUGUUGUGUUUUAUUCUUUUUCUUUUAAGUAUAAAACAUUUUCUUAAUUUAAGAAAUGUUUUAGUAAAAAACAUAAAAAUAUAUAAUGCACAUUAGUAAUCAGAAAUGAACCAGUCUUAUAGAGCAUGAUGAAAGUAUAAAUACAAAUAUAUAAUUAUUUAAAAAUCUGUAACUAAAAUUAUAUAAAGACACCUGUAUAUACAUAGUAUUGUCUGAAAGUUUUGGUUUACCCUCUGGCUGUUUCUUUUGCAUUUACAUUUUGUUUAUCAGUUUUUUAACUCAACCCAGAUCUAGCCUUUUACUUGUUUAUGUCUUUUUGGUUGCCUUUGGAUUUAUACUGUAUAUAAGGGUUCUCAACUAUAUUAUAACGAGGGCCAAUUUUGUGGAUUUUGAAGGUCCAGUGAUAAUGAUCAAGGAACCUAGGAUGUAUGGAGGGGUAUGUCCACUCCCACAUCAAAACAAUAUUUUUAGUAAUGUAAUGCAAAAUGAUGCAAUAACAAUUAGAUUUUUAGGCUUGUUGUAACGGACAGGAUAACAUGCACUUGCCGACCACCAGUUAAGAACCCUGCUUUAUACUGUAUACACACACCAUAUGUUGAAAUCUUCAUUAAAAGAACAUUAUAAUGCACAAUAAUCAGAACCUAAUCAGUCUUAUAAGGCAUGAUGAGUAUAGAAUACAUGUAACUAUGUAAAUAAUAUAUAUAUAUAUAUAAAGACAUCCCUAUAUAUACAGUCUGAACAUGACAUUUCCAGAAAUCUAGAGGUACAUUGUCAUAUAUUUUUGUAUCUCAGUCCCAAACAUGACAGGGCUGAGGUGGUCUAUACCCUCUAAGUCCCUCUCUAUCAUUAAUUCUGGGACCUGCCAAGUUGUACUUUCCGAUUUUUUAUGUUUGAUGUAUGUUAUUGUAUGUGUUGCUGGGCCCUGAGGGAUAACAAUGCUUUUUGCACUGACCAGGUCACCUAGGGUAAAGAAGAAAUAAAUAAAAUAAAAAAAAUAUAACCAAGACCCAGCCAGUUGCUGUACAGAUAUAUCUUUUUUCAUAUUUAAAUCUACAUAACUCACUAAUAAUAUAUUAUUACACUAUGUAUAUAAAUAGA